AUGAGAAAUUUGAUAUGCCUGCGAUAUUUCAUGUCAGACACAGAGAUUCCUGCCAAUAUCGUGGGGCAGUUGAUUUCUCUACGAAAAUUGUCUUCCAUCAAAGUGCUUAGAAGGAAAGGAUGUGGUAUUGAAGAGCUACGCCAUUUGACUAACCUUACCGGAAGUCUCUCUAUUUCACAUCUAGAGAAUGUCCCUAGCAAAGAGGAUGCUGUCAAGGCAGAUUUAUCUGGAAAGAAAAAUUUAGACGAGAUUGAUUUCAGUUGGAGUGAGGAUGAUCAAGGUUCCAACAGAGGUGACAAGGAUGUAUUGGAAGGCUUGCAACCCCCUAGAGAUGUGAAAAUUUUGACAUUUAGCAACUUUAUAGGUGAUAAUUUUGCAGAAUGGGUAACGAAGAUGGCAAUCCAUAAUGAAGGGAAAUGGACACCCCUUGACAAGCUUGUGGAGAUCAGAUUAUAUGACUGUAGGAGCUGCCUCUCUCUUCCGACACUUGAGCACCUACCACAUCUUCGGAAUCUUUUUUUAUGGAAUAUGGACAGCCUAACAUGCUUAAGGAGCUCUGAUGUUAACGGAUCAACGAAGCCUUUGUCUCCAUCGUUGAGAUCACUCAUACUAUGGGGUAUGGAAAGACUGGAAAAGUGGAUAGAUGGAGCACCCAACAGCUCAAAAAUGAUAUCGCCUGUCCUCCGGGGCUUGGUCAUUCGUCAUUGCCCAAAGAUUAUUCUCAUAGAUGAAUGCCAUCCCCAUCCUCUUGUUUCCUUAGAAAUUAGUGACUGCAAUGGUCUGGUGUCCAUUACGAGCAUACAAGGUCUUACAUCUCUUGAAUUUUUAUCUAUCUUGAGGUGCCCUAGUCUUUUAGGAAUAGCCAAUUUGCCCAACGAGUGUCAUUCUUUGAAGACUUUGUCUAUUAGCCAUUGCAACAACCUGACUUCCUUGCCUCAUGAAAUGUUUGAAUGUUUUGCCUUCUUAAAUGAUUUGACACUUGGUCCGUUCUCGAAGGAGCUGGAUUCUUUCCCGAGUCUCCAAGGCAUCGAGAAGUUAAGGAACCACCUUCACUACUUGGAACUAAGAGGUUGGGAUCACUGGGAGUCGAUGCCAGAAGAAAUACAGCACCUCACUUCACUGACUGCAUUAAUCAUUAAGUGA